UCGGAUGGAACACCGCCUUGGCGUGGUCUCAAUACGAACCUAACAAAGAGAUCGACAACUUCUCUGGCCUUUGUCGAGAUGACUCGAUUGAAGGAACACCAGAUCUUGAGAAGCGACCAGCUAGCCAGAUGUCUAUAUCUAGCCAAAUGUACAUCACCCGAUCCAUCACCACCAUUCACCAUGAGAAGGACGAUAGAGAUGAUGAAAGUAAAGGCGUCGCGGCUCGUCCGAGGAGAUAUGCAUGAAGAUCGUUGAAUCAAAACAGGUAGUCAUCUCGUUUCAGGACACCUCUUCGACAAUUGUGUACGUAUGGAAUUCACAAAUAUAUCUACGAGCUGCUUAAUCAUGUAAACCCUUUACGGGCUCUGGGGUUUCCCUUGCGGCUAUUGUACCUAUCCUGUAUGAAUACUUUUCCUGUCACAAUCUCAUAACUCAUUCUCACCAUUCCUU